CUGCAGUCAAAGUGUUUAGAGACCAGAUACAUACCCCAGAACCACACUGCGGAUGUGCUUGCUGAAGCCCUUCAGUUUGCUUUAGCAGACUGGGAAUUGGAUGAGCGCAAAAUGGCCUGUAUAACUACAGACAACGGUGCUAACAUUGUGGCUGCAAUACGUAAUCUUGGCUGGCCAUGGCUCAAUUGCUUUGGACACAACCUCCAUUUGGCUGUUUCCCAUGGACUGGACAGUGACAAGGAUCGCACAGCACGUGCCAUGGGACUUUGUAGGAAUCUUGUCAACACCUUCAACCUGAGCUGGCUAAAGAAGAGAGACCUGAGGAAGGCACAGACUGAAACGUCCCCCAACACAAUCUAGUACUGGAUGUCGCCACACGAUGGGGUACCAAGCACAGAAUGAUCGAGAGGGUGCUAGAGCAACUUCCAGCCAUAAGACGUGUCCUGGUUGAAGAUCGAAAACAUGGCCACCUCAACCCAACCUGGCAGGAUGUUUCUGUGUUGGAAUCCAUUAAUGCAGCAAUGAAGCCAGUGGCUGAUUUCACGGAUGUCCUCUCAGGGGAAAAAUAUAUCACUGUGUCCUCAGUAAAGCCUGUGUUGGAACUUCUUAAAGGUGAACUUUUAUCACCAGACCCCAAUGACACUGCACUGACAGCAAACAUAAAGGCAAACAUGUGCAGGGUGUUGAAAGAGAAAUACAGCCUACCUGAAAUCCGAAACCUUCUGACAAAGGCCACCAUCUUGGAUCCAAGGUAUCGUGGUACCAUGGAGGAUGCAGAGGUCUUGGAUGAUGUAAAAGAAAAGCUAUUGCAAGAACUACUAGACAUGAACGAGGAAGAAGGAAAAGGAGAAUGUGCCAGUGGUGAGAACUGCGUUGAAGCUGCAGGGGGAAAUGAAGGAUCUGAAUCUGGACCUCCAGCAAGCAAGAAGAAGAGGCUGUGUGACCUUCUCCAGCACAGAAGAAACCUACUUGCAAGUCACCAGACUCAGGCAUCGGUUCCAAAAAGAGUGCAGGCUGAUGUGGAGCUGACCAGGUUCCUCCAGGAAGAACCAGUUCAUGCAUCAUCUGAUCCCUUAAUGUGGUGGCGUGAUAACUACAGAAGAUUUCCCCUAGUAGCCAAGUUAGCACAAAAAUACAUGUGCAUUUGUGCAACAAGCACCAGCUCAGAAAGACUGUUUAGCACAGCUGGUAACAUUGUUAACCCAGUAAGAUCCUGCCUUAAGCCCCACAAGGUAAACAUGUUGGUGUUCCUUUCUCGGAAUCUGCCUAACAAUUAAAAAACUAAUCUGGCAGCAGAAAUGUCCUGUUGAUGCAUCUGUGCCUUUGUGUGAGACACUUUAAAAGUUUAAAUUGACAUAUUACUUUGUUUUGAUCUAGUUCUUGAUACCUUGCACUUUUUUGUUAACGAAAGUGUAUUUAUUUACUUGUUUUAUUUA